AUGGAAUUUGCGCGUCGUUUAUCCCCCACGAAUGAGAUGCUUCCAGGCACAUCGUACAAAGACGCACAGGGACAACCUCUUCGUCUACACGUACAGACAAACACGUCACCUCGGGAGCCACAGCCGGACUCGAGUCCAACGACGAGCCCUAUGCAAAGCUCGCGUUCUACGCCCUCAUCGACUCCUCACGACGAUUCUCAACGUCGUCGUCGCAGUAAUUCGGAGUGUCUAAUGCUGGCAAAGACACGUGGUGGACAGGAACUUCCCGGUCCGUGCCAGGAAUAUAUUAGUAAUGUAAAGCAAAUUCUGGCACGGAAUGAUGAUCAGUUGAUGCAUUUACGACGACGACGUAGCAUGAAUUUGAGUCACCCGACAUUAUUCAAGUGA